AUGGGUACGACCGUGAUAUUUAAUGUCACGUAUCCGUCGAAGAUCUAUGUUGAUGGCGACCGCAACGAGCCAACCGUUUUUGUCUCUCUUCGAGAUGAAGGCCGUGUGAAGAAGUGGGUUAAAGGAAUGCCAGACGGAAUGGAAGUUGGAGGUGAAUAUUUGAUGUGUGAAGCCGUAUGGGUCGACAAAGAGAAAAAUGUUUACAUGACAUCGGUUAUGAAGCAUAGUGUGUACAAGUGGUCACCAAGAACAAAUAUCAAGACGGUCGUCGCUGGUAGAGAAAAUUAUCAAGGACUGAUGAGUGAUACUCUCAAUUCUCCUGAAGGCAUUUAUGUUGAUGAUAUCAGUGGUACGGUAUACGUCGCUGAUUAUGCAAAUAAUCGUAUUCAGAAAUGGUUAAAAGAUGCGUCCAAUGGUACCACUAUAGCUGGAUUUACUACGGGUAAUGAAGGUAAUGACGCUGAAUCAUUGUCGAAUCCGACUGCUGUACGAGUUGAUGAUGAAACUCAAGUCGUAUAUGUAGCCGAUUCAUCCAAUAAUAGAAUUCAACGUUGGUUACCAAAUGCAUUCUUUGGCGACACCGUUGCUGGCGGGUUAGGUUGGGGGCAUGAACCAAAUCAAUUUGAACAACCUGUCGAUUUGGACUUUGAUAACUAUGGCAACCUCUACGUGUGUGACCGCGUGAAUAGUCGUGUUCUUAUGUUUAAAAUAGUCCUCAACGAACCAUGUUUUCCAGUAUCAACAACGACUUCAGGUUAUUUAUUUUUAAGAAUUUCUGUAUUAACAAUUUUAUCAUAA